UCAUGUGAAUAAUUCAUCGGGUAAAUUAACGCAAGAUUCUAAUAAUAGUUCAAUCGAAUCACCUCUUUCAUCGCCGACUAAGGAUAUCAAGGUAGAACUAGAGAAAGAAACAAAAAGUCCAGGUAAUAAAAAUUUUAAAAGUAUUAAUUACACAAUCAGAAAAUUGACUAUUAAUAUGGAAUUUAGAUCAAGAAAAAUUAAUUGA